AUGUUGGUGUUUCAUAUGGAGAAGGAGCAGUGGUUGGUAUUGUUGGGAGCAAUAGUUUUGGGCUGUAAUGGUUGCUUCCAAGAAGAGAAGGUUGCGCUGCUGGAUUUCAAGGCUACUUAUGCCGGUGAUUUGGGUGAUGUUAGGUGGAGGCCAGAGACACACAUCUUUCAUUUGACAUGUGGGGAGGCCACCAUCACACUACAAGAUGUGUCUGUGUUACUAGGUCUUCCUGUGGAUGGCAAUCCUUUAAUAGGCAGCACAAAUAUUGAUGGGAUUGAUAUGCGUGAACAAUAUCUUGGAGUCAGGCCAAAUGCCAAUGCAUUGACUGACGGAAACACAUUGAAAUUAAGCUGGUUGGCUUCACAAUUUGCAAAUAUCCAGGACUAUAUGGACGACGAAGAGCACCUCAAAAUGUUUGCACGUGCUUGGAUUUUGAGAUUUAUUGGAGGUGUCUUGUUGGUGGAUAAAAGUAGUAAAAGAGUCCCCAUGAGAUAUUUGCAAUUUCUGGUAGCUUUUGAAGAGUGCAGUACUUAUGAGUGGGGAGCUGCUACAUUGAGUUAUUUAUACAGAGAGAUGUGUAACGCAACAGAUUAUAAUGUGCAAUCUAUUGGCGGCUACCUUCUCUUAAUUCAAUUGUGGGCAUGGGAACGAUGCCCUAAAUUAGUCCCAUCGAUUGUGCCUCCACAACAACAAAACAAUCCACUUGGUUAUAGAUGGUUACAAAAUAGAAAUCCUCAUAUGGCCAGUGAUAGUGUGGAACACUAUCGUUUUAAAUUAGAUACCAUGAAAAGGGGCGAGUUUUUAUGGGUCCCUUACUCUAAAGAAGUCCAAGCGUUGUUGAGUCAUUUAUGUUUUGCUGGGUCUGCAAUUUGGAGACGUGUAGUGCCGAUGAUUUGUUUCAAUGUUGUUGAAUGGCAUCAGCCAGAUAGAGUCAUGAGGCAAUUUGGACUGCAACAACCUAUACCUGGCCCUCCAUUGCAACCUAGCAAUAUACAUGGCCUAACACUAAAAGGAAAAAGUGGACAUAAUUGGAGGCGACUACUGCAGCCAGCGCUUAAUGAAUGGAAUUGUCACUAUGAAAGACGGUUUCAAGAAACGCCACCACAAGUUGGGUCCCUCAGUGUGAAUUCUGAGUAUAUGAAGUGGUUUAGGCGUAAAACCAAAUUAAACAAUGCAGUUCAUGUUGUCCCCAUAUGGGAGAAGGGUGUCGAAUUUGGACGAUUUGGCACCGUGCUUGAUAAGAUGACUUUUUUUGCUGAGGAAGAGGAUAGAAUUAUUGAGGCACGUGAAGAAGCUCCUCCUUCGGUUCCACAAUUUGAAAGUCAACAGUUUGAUAUGUUGGCUAGGAGUGUGGAGACCCAAGGUUUAGGGCGACGUAGGGAAAGUGUGGAUGCAGAAGCACAUGUUAUUCCUGCGAUGCCAGAGCGCCAACAUGGAAUGUAUUACACACCUGAUCAGUUCACCCAAGAGCCAUCUCAAAUGUCGCCCCUAUAUCCGUACCCAUAUCAAAGUGAAACUUCAUCAGAUAUCAACGCCUAA